AAUGGUUGGAAGAAAACUACGAAUUGGCGGACGGAGUAUGCAUACCGAGAAGUACCACUAUUAUGGAAUAGCAGUUAAAGAGACGUCAUGCUAUUUUGAACCGUCAUUUUCAAAGCGUCAACCACAGCUAGCGAACACAAACACAAAUCAAAAUGGGCAUUGUAAACUUCAACCUGCUAAUCAACAAGUUUUAAAACCGCAUAAUGUUCAACAAACAAUGGCGAAAGAUAGGCAGAAAACUCUUUUAGCCGAAUUUCCAACUGUCAGUGAAAUGAAGUUACCACAUGGUAUUGAAAGCGAUAAAUUAAGUACUCUGUUGAUAAUGUACAGGACUCAUUGUCAACGGGUUGUCGACACAGUAAUUAGAGCCAAUUUUGACGAUGUUAGGUCUUUUUUGGUUCAUUUUUGGCAAGGAUUCCCGUCUCAUAUGGUAGAUCUUUUAAAAUCUGAUUACGUUGUUAUGGUAUUAGCCGUUUGCGACGGCCUAGUGUAUCAAAGUUUGGCAAAAAUACUUGUACCAACUUUGACCAACCAACUGCCAGAAAGUCUCGUUCAGGCUUUAGCCAAUUUUGCCGAUGACUUUGAUUCCUGCUUACAAUCCGCUUUAAGAGGAUUACCUUCAACACUUUGCAGUACGAAAUUAGAACUCGCCGCACGAUUCGUUGCCAGCUUAAAGACACGUAUAACCCUUUGUGAACUGUGCCAAGCUGCUAGGGCUAUAACCAAUAACGGCGAAAUAGUUAAUCAAAUGAUGGACGAUUGGGCCGAUAUAGACGUAAGCGCCAUCUGUGAACAAGUAUUAUGGAUGUCAGGGGUGAAUUGUAAUAGAGAAUCCCUAGUCUUUUUGUGCGGAGAAUUUGAGGAGGAGUUGUUAGAGGAACAAGCACCUUUGGAGACGUAUGUCAGCUGGUUGGAUAAUGUUAUAGAGAGAACCGUUAAAGAGAACAAUCUGUCCCAAUUUGCCUUAGUAUGGAAUGUUUUUUGUACGAAAGUUUUAAGAGAAUUAACUCUGCACUCGGCGCCAUCUUUUGGCAGUUUUCAUCUUUUACAUAUAUUAGCCGACGACUAUGUAAAGUAUAAGCUAGAUAAUAUAAGAGAUGAGAGGAAAAUGAAAGAUUAUAAUCAGGCUCUUAAGAGCGGAUGUGUACCAGAAAAGUUACUUCCAAUGCCGAAAAUAAUGGAAAAUCCUAAUCAGACGAGAGAUUGUAAUGUCGAAUGGCAUAAUUCGCAAUACAAUAAUCACGAAGUUGAUGGAAAUCAAGUUGCCAAUACUCAGUGGGUAGAUUAUGGACAUUCAGCAUUUUCUAUGACCCAAAAUAUGUUCAAUUUUUACGAUUAUGACCAAUGGAAUGUUGCAACGGCGGCACCUACUCCUCCAAGCUGUAGGCACGAUGCAGGGGCAGUUUAUUGCAGGCCUUAG